AUGGAUUCCCAAGCCCAACCACGUUGCCUUUUCAAUUCUCCUAUUACUGACUCUGACACUGAGACUUCUACAAUGGUUGAUGCCUCGCCCAUGCUCCCACUCUCGUCCAAUGCUCUUGACAACACUCCCACCAGGGAUGUGAUAAAGAAGAAUACCUUCAAUCUUCAGCCAGUAUCCCCACAUGCUUCUGGUGAAGGUUUGCCAUAUGCACCUGAAGGGUGGCCUAAUCCUGGUGACAUAUGGGGAUGGAAAGUAGGGAAAAGGGCAUCCAGAUCUGGCUACUACCAUGAUAGAUACUUGUAUCUUCCAAUAUCACUUCAGAAGUCUCACAAGGGGUUGAGAUUCCAAAGCAAACCUGAUCUUAUACGUUAUCUUGAAUCGAAUUUUCCCAACUUGGAACUUGAAGCAUUCUUUGCUUCAUUUAGCUGGCAGGUUCCCUCAACUGAGCUAUCCCCCACAAAAGCUGUACCAUCUUCAUUCAUUCCUCUUCCAGGAAAGUCACUGGAAACUGGACAAGAUGCCACAGAAGAGAUUGCCAUCCAGGGAAAGCUAAAACGGAAAGCACAGCUUAGCAAUCAACCUUCUCGGAAAUCUUCCAGGCUAUUUCAUGUUCGUCCACGUUUACCAUCUGUUGUUCAAGAUGCAAAUGAUGUCAUUGACUUGUGCUCUUUGAACCAAGAGGCAAGCAUUGAGUCAACUGAGGAUUUGAAAAGCUCCUCAGGUUUUAAUUUGGAUCAACCUGCAAGCAACCAAAAUGGUCAGACUGAAAAUAAUCUUGUUGCUGUCUGUAAUUUGGUUGAUUCUAAAGAUGCAUCAGGUAUGCAGACAGCAGCCCAGAAAUCUCCCAAUGUAACUAUUACAGAGAAUUUUGAUGAAUAUCUCAAUACUUUGGAGGAUAUCCUUGUUCUGCCUCAUAAUGAUACUUUAUCAUCUGAUCCUGUGGUUCCUGCUAUCACUCUGGAAAAUGAAAUGAGCGAGCGCAGAAAGAAGCUUUCUUCCAUUCUUGCAGUGGACUUCCCUUCUUUGGUGUCUUCUAAUAAUCUUGUCGAAAUUGCAACACUUGCAUCACAACUUAGUAAAGAUCCUAGCCUUAGCAUUGAUCAACUGAUAAAGUUAAAGUUGGUGGAAGAUAUUCCUUUAGCCGGUGAGGCUUUGCAGGAGGCCAGGAGAACCAUUGAGGAGGCAGAAAAGUUCUUUGCUGACCUUGAGGCAAAGAAGCAUAAAGUUUCUAGUCUCAAAAAUGAGUACAAUGAAUUGAAGGACAAAGUGGCCAAGUUACAGGCAGAAAUAGAAACAAGCUCUUCAGCCAUACAAGAGAUUGAUGAUCAACUUUUGCAACUUCAAUCAAAACGGAAGGAGAUGUCUAAUGCCUUUGAAACCAUGCAGAAGAAAAAAGUUGAGCUGACUUCUAGUCAAACAAUGCUUGCCAACUCAAUUCCAACCAUCGUAGGUCAGAUUCAGCUUGGACAUUCUCAAAAACCAAAUUGGGAGCUGAAAAAAGCCAACUCUGCCAAGCGUGUAGCCGAGAUACAUGAAAGGUUCUCCACUUUAAGAGGGUUAACAUUUUAA